AUGACAUUGUCUAUCUACGAUUUAGGAGAAGAUAUUUUAACAUCUCAAAUAUCCAAUUAUUUAUCACCAGAAGAUAUUUUCAAAUUUUUUAGUCUUUCAAAAACAUUAUAUUCAAUUUAUCAAAAUUCAUCGAUAAUUUAUCAAUAUUUAUAUAACAAAAAAUUCACUAAUAAUGAAAAUAAUUAUACUUUAUCUUUAAAAGAAAAUCUUAAUUGGAAACAAUUAUUUGAUUUACGAUGUAAUCGUCAUCAAAAAAUUUAUACUUGGGGACAAUCUCUGAUGGGGAGAUUAGGGUAUAGUUUAUCACAAGUACCUAUAGAGAAUAGAUCAGAGAAUUUUGGUUGGAUGAUGGUUCAUACUCCAACUAAUAUUACCAAUUUUAAUGAUCAUAUAAUUAUUGAUAUUGUUGCUAAUGGUUUCAGUUUUAUAAUUCUUACUAAUGAUGGAGAAUUAUUUUUCACAGGAAAUGAUUGGAAACAAAGUCAUAAUAGAACUACUCCAGGUCCUAUUCAAACUCAAGAUUAUCGUCCAACUCCUGGAACAAUGGCAUUAUAUACAUUGACAAAUAAUCAAACUCUUCAACCAAUUGGAUCACGAAGAAAUAUUGCUAGAGGAGUUCCACCAAUGCCAAUGAUGAAUAGAAGAUAUGCUAACAAUGAUGAUGAAGAAGAAGAUGAAGAAGAUGAUAAUAAUGGAAUCACACCGGAUGUUACGACUACAACGGAAGCAACAAGUAGUAUAGUGCCACCGUUUUUACCUGCUCCAAAAACAAGUUCUUCUUUACCUCAAGGAAGAAGGAAAAUUACUACUCAACAACAACAAGAACAAAAUCAACCGGCAUUGUCUCAUCGUCCUUCAAAAAUUAAAGAAUCAAAUUUUAUAUCAAGAUUAUUUUUACCUCCACUUCCUCCAAAUCGAAAACAGAGUUUAGAAAAACGAAGAAUUAUUUCUAUUAGUGCUGGUAGAGAACAUAUUAUUGCUUUAGACAAUUAUAAUAAUAUUUAUACAUGGGACACUGGUUGUCAAUCAAAUGUUGGAGUUAUGCUUGAAUUCCCUAAUAUACCAAUUAAUUCCAAUCGAAUAAUUAAAAUUUCUGCUGGUUGGAAUUUAUCAACAGCAUUAAUUGAUAAUUAUGGAUUAAUUGUAUGGUAUACUAGAAUAGGUAUAACUGAAUCACAAUUUAAUUCUCGAGAAUUUAUUUCUAAAGUUAAAUAUUUUAUUAUACCAUUUACUAAAAAUGAUAUUAUUGAUUUUGCUGUUGGAUCAAAUUUUAUAAUUUUUAUUAAAAAAUCUGAUGGGAAAUUAUAUCAAACAAGAUUUGAUGUUCAUGAAUUUGCUACAAGAGAUACAUUAAUAACUUUUGAUGAAAUAAAUCAAAUUACUAAUCCAAUGAAUAAUUUUAAUAAUUGGAAACAACAACAACAACAAUCAGAAAUUGGUAAAGAAAAUAUUAUUUUCACUAAAGUUAGUAGUUGUUUUAAUGAUUUUGCCGUUUUCACAAAUUAUGAUCAAGUAUUAUUAGGUAAUCUUCAUCAUUUACAAUAUUAUGAAAAUAAUAAUGAUGAACAAGGAAUUGAACCAAUAAUUAUUAAUGAAUUACAAGGUAAGAAUAUUAAAAGAAUAGAAAUUGGUGAUUAUCAUUAUUUAGCAUUAACUACUGAUGGAUCAUUAUUGAGUUGGGGUACUGAAUCAAGAUUUUGUGGAUGUUUAGGUUUAGGAAGUAAACAAGAUAUUAUUGAUCAGUAUAAUAAUCAUAAUACCAGUGGAGGUGGUGAUGAAGUUAGUUUACGAGGGAAUAACUUGGUAGUGCUCAAACCAUUACCUGUGAAACCUCCACCAUAUAAGGGGAAAUGGGUAUGUAUUGCUGCUAGUGGUUGGCAUUCUGGUGGGAUAUAUGUACCUACAUAG